CGCCGGAAGAGAAGCGGGUCUCUUUGGGGCCGGCCAUCUUGUGUGGUAUCGCGAGCAGGGGGCUGGGGCCUGGGCAGCAUCGGAGGAGGAUCCCGCCGAGAGGGGCCCAUCAUGCCCGGACACCUGCAAGAAGGGUUCGGCUGCGUCGUCACCAACCGCUUUGACCAGCUCUUUGACGACGAGUCGGACCCCUUCGAGGUGCUGCGGGCGGCCGAGAGCCGGAGGAAGGAGAGCGGCGGCGGCGGCGGGAGCCAAGGGGGCGGCGGCGGGGCCCGCAGCGGGCAGGCGGCCCAGGCCAACUCCUCUGGCGGGGUCGGCAGCGGGGGCUCGGGCCAGGCUGGGGGAGGCGGCGGCGGCAGCAGCAGCGCGGCCAAGCAGCUGCGCAGGGAGUCGCAGAAAGAGCGCAAGAACCCGCUGCCCCCCUUCGCUGCCUCGCCCGGGGGCGCCGGCGACCGCAGGGAGGAGGGCAGCGGACAGCCCGCCGCGCCGCUGAGGAAGGAAGGUAUAAGACGAAUUGGCAGACGGCCUGAUCAGCAGCAGCCUCAGGGUGAAGGCAAGCCUAUUGAGAGGAGACAGGAGAGACGACCGCCUCGUGAACGCCGAUUCGAUAAACCUGCUGAAGAGAAGGGUGAAGGAGGGGAAUUUUCUGUGGAUAAACCCGUUAUUGAUCGGCUUGUGCGUGGUCGUGGUGGUCCAGGCGGAAGAGGUGGACGUGGUGGUCGUGGACGUGGAAUGGGCAGAGGAGAUGGCUUUGACUCCCGUGGCAAGCGUGAAUUUGACAGGCAUAGUGGAAGUGAUAGAUCUUCUCUCUCACAUUCCCAUUUCAGUGGCCUAAAGCAUGAGGAUAAACGUGGUGGCAGCGGAUCACACAACUGGGGAACCGUCAAAGAUGAGCUAACUGAUUUGGAUCAGUCGAACGUGACCGAGGAAACACCAGAAGGAGAGGAACACCCACCUGCUGAUUCUGAGAAUAAAGAGAAUGAGGUGGAAGAGGUUAAGGAAGAAGGCCCAAAAGAAAUGACCCUGGAUGAAUGGAAAGCUAUUCAGAAUAAGGAUCGUGCAAAAGUUGAAUUCAACAUCCGUAAACCAAAUGAGGGUGCUGAUGGGCAAUGGAAAAAAGGAUUUGUUCUCCAUAAGUCAAAGAGUGAGGAGACAAAGGGGAUGACAGAAAUGCCGGGGAGUCCGCUGGAGUCAAAUGAGGCUCAUGCUGAAGACUCUGUAAUGGAUCAUCACUUCCGUAAACCAGCAAAUGAUAUUACGUCCCAGCUGGAGAUCAAUUUUGGAGACCUUGGUCGCCCCGGACGUGGUGGCAGAGGUGGUAGAGGUGGCCGGGGGCGUGGUGGAAGGCCCGGGCGUGGCAGCAGAACUGACAAGUUGGUGAAAGAGUUUGACGUGAUCCACACACCCAAUCAGUCAAGUGCUUCUGCUCCUGAUGUAGAUGACCCAGAGGCUUUCCCAGCUCUGUCCUAAACUGGAUGUCAUAAGCCAACUCUGCCCCCUCGCUGGGCCCUCCUCUACGAGGCUUGCAUGCUUAAGGAUCCUAAACAACUAAGAAAUUUAAAAAAUGAGACUGUCAUUCAUACCAUUCACACCUAAAGACUGAAUUUUAUCUGUUUUGAAAAUGAACUUCUCUCGCUACACAGAAGCAACAAUAUGGUAGUCAGUUUUGUAUUUAGAAAUGUAAUGGUAGCAGGGAUGUUUUCAUAAUUUUUUCAGAGAUUAUGCAUUCUUCAUGGAUACUUUUUUGUAUUGCUGCUUGAAAAUAUGCGUUUCCAAACUUGAAAUAUAGGUGUGAACAGUGUGUACCAGUUAAAGCUUUCACUUCAUUUGUGUUUUUUAAUUCGGGAUUUUAGACGUUUUCUCCAAACUACAAACUGGUUUUUAAAUAUUGCACACUAUUUCUGUUUCCUUUAAUACCUACUUAGCAGAUUUUUAUCAACCCAUGGUCAGUUGGGAUAUGUAGGAUUUAAUUUGGCAAAUUGUUAGUACCAUGUGGAAUACUAUUCUGGAAUACUUUAAUUUAGUUUUUAAUACUUAAUUUCAGACUGGGAAAAACAGUCAUUUUUCAUCUAUUUUUGGUAGUUGUGUAUGCAGAAUCUUUAUACAAAGUUGAUAUCAAAUACUUGAAAAAUAGUCAAAGCACAUUGGUUUAUAGUCAAAUACCUGCAUAUUGAUCCAGCAGUGAUGUGCAGAUGAUUGGUCUAAAAAGUUUUUUAAAACUAUAUUACACCUUUCACUCACCCUUUUUACCUUUUAUUCCUUUCUCCUUUCAACAAAACUAGAUACUUUAUUGGUAAAAGUUGUUUAUCCUACUUAAUAUUAUUCUUUGGGAAAGUAUCCUCUAGACUGGGGUAAUUCUUUCUGUUCUACAGACUGGGAGGUGGGAAAGGGAGCAUCAUCUAUUUCUAAUGCAGUCUCUUUAAAUUUAAUUUGGACUAUGGAAUUUUGGCAGUGCAGUAUGUUUAUAUAAAUACAUCACCAUCUGAUGUGUUUACACGCUGUUCCAUUAGCUGCAAUUCUUGUUCUGAAGAGGAAAACAAAGGACACCAUCUAGGUCUGGGAGGAGAAUAUUUGACUCCUAAGUCAGAGAACAAAUCCCUUCAAAAGGAGACAUCUGUGGUCUGCAUAGGAUACAAACCAAAAAACCUUUUGCUCUAAAUUUUGUUCUGAAUUUUUGCUCCAUUUCUUCACCCUUUGGUCUCUGAUUACUCGCUGACAAAUAAAUGUUUUUCAGGGGGUGAUUGUAAGAAGACCCGCUACACCCUGUAGAAAUUCCUUCUAGGUUAAUUUAAUCCCUGUGAACAGGAACAUUACCACUUUCCAAAUAUGAAAGGACUUGAGAGAAUGACUAAUAAAAAAAAAAGAUUUCUUAGGUUUUUUUUCUUUUGUCUGCAGCAUUUGUUAGGAGACUAGAAACCGGUUGCUCAUUUUAUUUAAUGUUUUAUUCUUAGAGCAGCUUAUAAAAUAUUUGUAGUUUCUUAACCAGGUAGAUAGAAAACAAAUGGUAAUGCCCUAUUUUUUUAAAAGCUGUAUAGGACAGGCAAAAAAUAUUGGAAACCUUUGGAUAUGAAACUUCUGCUGUUUAGCUGGCCUGCUUUAUCUAAACUAUUUUCUAUCCAAAAAACCCCAAUACACACUUGUGCUGAUUUAAACAAACGUUAAUACCAUUGGAUUAGACUCUUGUAGUGCACUCACUUAUCAGUUUAAAAUAGUUGGCUCUGUGAAGGAGUAAAUUUUUCCAAACAGUGGAUAGUAACAUUUUUUGUUCCUGGAUCAGACACUAAACAUGUUUUACACAGGUGCUUAGCAUUGGGGUAUUCCAGUUCCUGGCACCAAGAGGUAAAUCUUCAUUAAUUACUUUUGCUCCCUUUGCGAUUGCACAUUCCACACCAUGGAAUGUGUUGAAGGUUAUAAUGGUAUCUGUCCAUUAGGAAUACAACUGAUAAUACAACUGUGCAAAAAGCUUGAUUUCCAGAAUCACUUUAAUUGAAAAGCUUUUGCUGUAAUAGAACCCCUUCCACCCAAACUAUAUAUUUGUGCUCUCCACCAUGAAUCUUAACUCUUUAUCCAGACUACUCCUGUGCCAGUCGAGCAUUUUGAGCCUUGCUAACCUGACAUUGUCACAGAAGUCGUCUGCCUCUUUGCAUAUCGGAGUAUAGAGCAAUACCUUGAAUAACAUGUCAGAUAGAAGAUCCCUUUUAAAGACAGCCUGUACAUAAAGUUGGUCCAUCUGCUGUUCUGAUAGAUGUAAAUUUGCCUCUUUUAGUCCAUUUAUGUCAAGAACUAAAACUGUGAAGUUAUCUCUCACUAAUAUUAGUGGGUGUUAACUGACGUAAAGGUUUAUUUUCAUGCUCUUUUUAAAAUGUCCUGAAAACAGACAUAAGAAUCCAUUUAGGUUCAGGCGUCUCUUCUAGUUUCUGUCCCAAGUAUUCUAAAUCUUAUGGUGGUAGUGCCCUGGCAUGUCCAUUGCCAGCAAUGGGACUUUGGGUAAAUGUCUCCCUCCAUUGGGUAGUUCCAAUAUUUGCUAUUGAUGAGCUUCUCUUCAAUAACUUGUCUUGUCCUCUUGCUUGCUCAUCAUGCUGCCAUGCUAUGACCAGAGCUUAUUCAUAUUUAAAAAAGCUGGGUCAGAACAGAAAAGUUCACUCAACGUUUGUGGAGGGAAAUGGACAGAAUCACAAUACAAAUUGGCUUAUGAUUGUACUAAUUCAAAGGCUUGAGCAUGAAAGUUCAUCUUAUAACCUGAAUACCAUUGAUCCUGGUAGAAAAUAUUAAGAUUGAUAGAUAAAUACAAGUGUUGGCCUCAUGGGAAAGGGCAUAAACUAUUUUAAGGAAAAAUUAAACACGGAUAAAAAGCCUUUUUUUGUGGAUAUGGUGUCUGCACCUGUUACUUUCAAAGAGAAGAGAUUACUGUCAUUUGACCCAAUACCUUUUGCCCAGUGACAUUGAUUUGUAUAUCCAUGUCCCUUAAUAAAUGCAGUACAUAUGCAUAGGACUGACACUUCCAAGCAUUUUCUGACCUAUUUUAUGAUUGAUUAUAGGGGUAGCGUCAACCUCAUUUAGCCUCAGUAUCCCUCCCACAUCUACAUUUAUUUACACUUGAAAACUUGCUAGUUGUAAAGUUAAAAGCUACCACUUUUGUGUGAUGUGAUAACACACAAUGCAAGUCUGCAUAAUGCUCUACAAGAGCAUUAAUGGAUGCACAGAUUCCUGCUGAUGUCUUAUGAUCCUGGUACACUGAUCCAUAUGCCAAGGCAGCUGUGUUGGCUUCUGCAAUAAAAACAGCAAAGGAACAGUCUUGCUAGUGAAAUAAAGAAAAGUUGGGGAAAGAAAUGUUUUAUUCUCACGAGCAUUUAUACAGACUAUGCAGUUUAAGUACCUUACCUCUGGGUCUGAAUGUGGAUUUUAUGAUUGAUGCCGAUCAAUUUUUCAAGCUUGAAAUGAGGCUUUUAAGCAAGUUUCACAUUGAAACUGACUACUGGGUCAACAGACUAAAUAGAGCUUAAAUUCUAUAAUAGCAAAGAAUAUAUUAACUGCUUAAUUACAGUUAUUGAUGCUGGACUUCUAGAAUCAGCUAGCUGUACAUGAAGUGGUGGGCAGCAUUGUGUAAAGCCUACGUGGUUGAGUGCUGGGAGAAUGUCAAAUAAAAUAGCUGUUUUUAGACUCCCAUUCUCAAAUGAUUUAUAAUACAGGCAUCUAAUCUGGUUGUGGGAAGAUGCCAUAAGGUACUUACCCUUAGGUACUAUUUUUUUCUUUGACAUGCCCUACCAGAAUCUUCUACCAAAGUUAUUAAAUAUACAGCUCUUGAAAAGGGAGAGAUCUUCUUGGAUGUCAUAGCCAAAUACGUUGUUUUCCCUGACUGUUAAGUCUAAUGAUAAACCAUUGGACCCACAGGACUGAAGACCCUUGCAUGUACUCCAGGCUGUGUGUUGCUGAUAGUAGUUGUCGAGCAAUAAGCUUUUGGGACCUGAAAAUGAAGCAGAUAGGGUAAAAAGCUGGUAGUAUUUCCUUAGGGAGAAAAAGUGUUGUUUCUGUUUUGCAGACCACUUUCAUUAGAAAGGGGCCCUGUAUAAAGCUAGGACAAAAUUCAAAUGUCUGCAAGGCUGCCUGAAGCCCAUGUGGCAUGAUGGUUUAAAUCUACUUUGUUCACAGGGGAGCUUUCAGUUCCAUUGUAAAGAUUGCUGUUCCUUCAGAACAAAUGUUUGUCAUGGCUUAAAGCUAUUUUCAUUUUGCCUUCAGCAAUCUUUAAAUUUUAUAUAGAAUAAAAGAGCAGCGAUUUCUGUUCUUGUCACUAGUGAAGUAGUUGCAGUGCGCACUGCUCUUAUAAACAACUGGCCAUCUGCUCAGAGGCCUGGGACUAUUGGAGCUCUUCCAGGGUAAGGUGCAUUGGCAGUCAGAAGAGGCUUGCAGAACACCACACGCCUGCACUACUUGGUUUAGCCUAAGGACAAAAAAGCGGCAGUCGCACUUUGACUUGCUGUAGCCUCAUAGGCCACACUUACACGUGAGAAGUCAGUGCUCUCUAUCAACAUUCCUGCUGGCUGGAAAUUCAGUGGAAACUGCAGGUGUUCAGCAUCUAUGACAUGCAUUUUAGACACUCAAGAAUGAGAAUUCUGGUUUCAAAUUUGAGGCUUUUAGUCUACCAGGGUUUCAGGCAGCUAGGUCAUUAUAUGAUAGCUUCUAUUCAAAGAUCAAAGUAUUGUUUGCUGGCCGCUGUGCUUUUGAGCUGAAAAGAAACUAUUGUGCUAUGUGGCCUCAUAUAUACUUGUCUUUUAAAUGUAUUUAGCAGUGACUAUAAAUACUAAAGGUUUUUCAUUUUUAUUAGCUCUGCUGCAAAACAGUGCUGGACAUAUACCUGUUACGCGUGUGUGAACAGUUUAAAAUGAAAUAAGGCCAUUUAUUGGAUAUAAUGACACAAAGCUACUUCUGUUUCUGAGAAAAUUUGUGCACCAAAUUGUGUAAACAUUUGAAAUAAGUUUGGCCAUUAGUCUUCGAUAGGGCCACCCUGCUGCUUAAUAGUGCCAAGUGUGGGUGGCUUUACUCUUGCCAGCGUUAGCACUCUCAGUUCAUAAACACUGAAUUUUCCCAGUGUUUAAUGGUGGAGAGAGUAUACAAGUGACAUGGGAUUGGUCAUAGUAUAUUGCAGUUGAGUUAAAUUAACGUGUGAUCAGUAUAUUAAGCAGCCUUUAAGAUGUGCACUUCAGAGAGUUCACAUUGCCUGUUGUAAUUUACUCUUUAUACAGAACAUUGAAUAAAAAUAAAGACUUGCCUGUUCUCUCUCUGAUCACAAGGCAACAGUUGCCCAGUUUUUAAAGUCAAAUUGAUUAAAUCCAAAAUGAAAUACUGGAAUUACAAGAUAAAAUGGCAAUGAGAAACUUGCAUGGCUACAUAGAAGAUUAAGAAAGUUAAGGAGAAAAGAGGCUGAAUUGUCCAUUGCUAGUGGUAGUAUAAGAUAAACAUGCAGUUUCUGUCUGUCCCCUUCAAGGCCCUUCCUCCUAAUAUCACCACAAGUCACCAUGUUCUGUGUUUGUAUAUUAGAAGGGUCCUGGUCCAUGACCUGGUUUCCUAGGCGAUAAUACAAAUCUGUUCGAGAGUUCAAAUAGCUUUGUUGUACUCAAGAGAAAAUGCUUUUAUCAGUAGCAGCACACAGGUGAUGGUGAUACUCUCCCUCAUUGCAAAUUUUUGUGAAACUUCACCGAGCAAGCAAGUUCUUUGGGAAUGAAAUGACCAAUGUAUUACUGCAUUUGUUUUCAAUUGCUAUGACUGUCUCCACCCUUAGCUAUGGUUUGGCCAUCCUAACUGCAACAAUAAAAUGAAUAUUGAAAGUGA